AUGUCCUGCAGCCUCAGCUCCUGCAGCCGCUCCUCGCGCUCCCUCGGGCGCACCUCGCGCUGCCCGGGCCCCUCCUGCGAGUCCUUCUUCCCCGGCAGCGUCGUCUACUCUCCCGGCCAGUGCCCGCCGGGCGCCUCUGUCUACAGCGGCUGCCAGGAGGCCUACGGCGCGCCCCCCAGUUGCCGCGCGCCCUGCCUGCGCCCCAGGCCGCCCGCCUUCUGCAGCCCCAACGCGCCGAGCUACGCGGGGUACUCGGGCUGCGGCGGCGCGGGCUUCGGGCCCUUCGGCUACGGCGGCGCCCCCGCGCAGUCCCUGGGCUGCGGGCCCGGCGGCUACCGCCCGGCGUCCUUCUCCUCCAGGACCUGCCAGGCAGCCUGCGUCCCGCCGGCCUUCGGCUCCCGCUGCUUCGGACCCGCCCACUGA